AUCACUUUAGUUCUCAAGUGGAUUUUUUCACCCAAAAAAAAAAAAAAAAUUUCAAGCAAAGAUGAGCAAUUCAAGAAGCACAAAACUUCACAUAGCCAUGUUUCCCUGGUUUGCCUUUGGUCAUAUCACUCCCUACCUGCACCUCUCAAACAAGCUUACAGAGAGAGGCCAUAGGGUGUCUUUCUUACUACCCAAAGGAGCACAAGCAAAGGUAGAACAUCUCAUCCUUUAUCCAAACCUCAUCCACUUCUAUCCCCUUCUUGUUCCCAGUGUAGAUAGACUACCCCCUGGUGUCGAGACUACCUCAGAUGUUCCUCUUCCACUUCGUGGACAUCUUCGUGUUGCCUUUGACCAAACCCAAGACCAAGUUCAAACCAUUCUGAGCAGUCUCAAACCUGAUUUCAUUUUCUUUGACUUCAGCCCUUGGAUGCCAGCUUUAGCACACCAAAUUGGCUCCAAGGCCAUAUGUUAUUCCAUUGUAACCCCAGCAACGCAAGCACUAAAGGUUCCUACUAAGGAGAAACCAGAGGAUAUGACUGUAGAAGACUUCAUGCAACCGCCUCCUGGCUAUCCUCCUUCGUGUGUGCGUAUAAAGUCCAAGGACUAUGAGAUUGCACAACUCAAAGUGUUUGCCAAGGCUCUUGGAACAGAGAUGUCUCUUUAUGUUCGAAUUACCUAUGGCUUGAUUCGGAGUGAUGCCCUAGCCUAUAGGACAUAUCAUGAGUUUGAAGGGCCAUACUGUGACUACUUAAGGCAGCAUUAUGCUAAGCCUGUGCUGCUAACAGGACCUGUCCUGCCUGAAGCACCGGCCACGAAGCUAGACGAGAAAUGGACUAAUUGGUUAUGCAAUUUCAAGCAAGGUACUGUGGUGUAUUGUGCAUUCGGGAGCCAAAAUAAACUACAAAAGGACCAGUUUCAGGAGCUACUUUUGGGGUUUGAGUUAUGUGGGCAACCAUUUUUGGUGGCUCUGAGUACUCCAAAUGGUUGCGCAACAAUUGAAGAAGCUUUUCCAGAGGGGUUUGAAGAGAGAGUUAAAGGGAGAGGAUGGGUGUAUGGGGGAUGGGCGCCACAAACAUUGAUAUUGGAGCACCCAUCUAUUGGUUGUUCUGUGACCCAUUGUGGAUAUGGGUCCAUGUGGGAGUCUCUCUUUAGUGAUUGCCAAAUAGUAUGCGUUCCAUACCUUGGUGAUCAAAUUGUGGGUGCCAGGUUAAUGGCGGAAGAGCUCAAAGUUGCAGUGGAAGUGGAGAGAGAAGAUAAUGGGUGGAUUUCCAAGGAAAGCUUGAGUAAGGCCAUUAUCUCUGUGAUGGACGAGGACAGUGAAAUAGCUGGGCUGGUGAAAUAUAAUCAUGCUAAGUUGAAGGAGGAACUUACUAGCGAAGGCAUGCAAGAGAGAUAUUUAGAUACUUUCAUUCAAAACCUGCAAGGUCUUAUGGAUUGACUAAGUGCUACAUAUGAACCCAACUACUUAAUCCUUUGCACUAAAACGAGCAGUAGCAGUUUCAAUUGAGGAAGGAUUCACUCGUGUUAUAGUUUGAGGAUGCUACUUCUUUGUCAAUGUUGUUUCAUUUGGAUAUCCAGUUUUAUUUCUUUUCUGGGUUGUACUUGUGUUUCGUUUCUCUUAUAGCAAAAAAAAAAAAAAAAAAAUUCAAAACACUACUUCUACCAUUUUAACACCUUAUUUUACAAUAUACCAAAACAUCAAACAUUCUAUUUUAUUACAACUCUAUUGAAAUAUUCUUUCUUCUAAUAUUUUUAUUCAUUUUUAUUAUUAUUUCUCACUCUCCCUCUGCCUUUCUCUCUCACUGUAUCUUCAUCUUUCUCGACUCGGUCUAGAAGCUUCUCCCACCUCCAUGGCCUGAGCUUUUCACCUCUAACCAUGGCACUCAACAGCAUAAAAAAAUAAAAUAAAAGCAAAAAGAAAAAAAAGAAACCACCCACCACACGGCCUCAACCCACGGCACAACCCACAACAACCAACCACCAAAUCAAUCAACCCACACUCAUAAGCGAAAGCCACCCAAAUCAACUGAUACCCACGACCAUAAAACCACUCAAGGCUGCCGAAACCCACCCACAACCCAGAUCCGAUUUUACAAAACCCACCCACUCAUACCCACGGCUCAAGGCUUGCGAUGGCUCCGGCGAGAUGAUCUUGAAGAGCCGGUGAGGCGAUCUUGCGGGGUGGGCCAAGGCGAUCUUGAAGAGUGCGAGGCUUGCGGUGGCUCCGGCGAGGCAGACCGUCGCUAUGAGAAAGAGGGAGACGAAGACCAUUGAGA